GGCGGCGGCGGUGGUGGACUGGGGAGGCGGCGGCCUGGCUUAGCCUAGCCUGGCCUGUCAGGGCGCGGGCGGCGGCGGCUCCGGCACCAUGUCCCUGCAGUACGGGACGGACUCGGCGCCCCUCGCUGGGAGUUACGGCGCGGCGGAUUCGUUUCCAAAAGACUUCGGCUACGGCGUGGAGGAGGAGGAAGAGGAGGCGGCAGCCGCGGGCGGCGGGGUUGGGGCGGGGGCCGGCGGAGGCUGUGGUCCCGGGGGCGCUGACAGCUCCAAGCCGCGGAUCCUGCUCAUGGGGCUCCGGCGCAGCGGCAAGUCCUCCAUCCAGAAGGUGGUGUUUCAUAAAAUGUCACCCAACGAGACCCUCUUUUUGGAAAGUACCAACAAGAUUUAUAAAGAUGACAUUUCCAAUAGCUCCUUUGUGAAUUUCCAGAUAUGGGAUUUUCCUGGGCAAAUGGAUUUUUUUGACCCAACCUUUGACUACGAGAUGAUCUUCAGGGGAACAGGAGCAUUGAUAUAUGUCAUCGAUGCCCAGGAUGACUACAUGGAGGCUUUGACAAGACUUCACAUUACUGUUUCUAAAGCCUACAAAGUUAACCCAGACAUGAAUUUUGAGGUUUUUAUUCACAAAGUUGAUGGUCUGUCUGAUGAUCACAAAAUAGAAACACAGAGGGACAUUCAUCAAAGGGCCAAUGAUGACCUUGCAGAUGCUGGGCUAGAAAAACUCCAUCUCAGCUUUUAUUUGACUAGUAUCUAUGAUCAUUCAAUAUUUGAAGCCUUUAGUAAGGUGGUCCAGAAACUCAUUCCACAACUGCCGACCUUGGAAAACCUAUUAAAUAUCUUUAUAUCAAAUUCAGGUAUUGAAAAAGCUUUUCUUUUUGAUGUUGUCAGCAAAAUCUACAUUGCAACAGACAGUUCUCCUGUGGAUAUGCAAUCUUAUGAACUUUGCUGUGACAUGAUUGAUGUUGUAAUCGAUGUGUCUUGUAUAUAUGGGUUAAAGGAAGAUGGGAGUGGAAGUGCUUAUGACAAAGAAUCUAUGGCAAUUAUCAAGCUGAAUAAUACAACUGUACUUUAUUUAAAAGAAGUGACUAAAUUUUUGGCACUGGUCUGCAUUCUUAGGGAAGAAAGCUUUGAACGAAAAGGUUUAAUAGACUACAACUUUCACUGUUUCCGAAAAGCUAUUCACGAGGUUUUUGAGGUGGGUGUGACUUCUCACAGGAGCUGUCACCAAACCAGUGCUCCCAGUCUGAAAGCAUUGGCGCACAAUGGCACACCGCGAAACGCCGUCUAGCCUGAACUCCAAGCUGGCUCUGUGCCAGCUUGCUCUUCACUUCAGGGUCAGAUGCCACGUCCUUACAGGACACGGGAGCUGCCGCUGUGGGAAUCUGGUGCCUGUCCCACUAGAGACAAGGGGAAGAGUUUCUCAUUCGGAUGAAAACCCCUUCAACUGGUGGUGUACAACUGAAGCUACUAUUUCUUUUUUUAAAAAUGGCAAAAAAGAAUUCUAGAGACCACAAAACUCAAGUGUGUCUUUCUCCUCUUUUGGGUCUUAUUUUAGUAGUUGGGAUAUUUUGGACCUGGAGAUAACACCAGUUACCCAACCUUGCCAGAGAAUGUUGCUGUCAAUUACCAGUUGAAAAAUAAUAGAAAAAACUGAAUUUUUAUAUGCUUCACUUAGGUUUUCAUUUGAGUAGUCUCUAAAACUCCUGCCUUGCUUAAGUUCUAACACUGCCUGUCAGAUUUCAACUUUGGACAUAGCACCCCUAAGACCUUUUAAAUGCGUUUGCUUGCUAACUCAGAAGACACAUAGUCUGACUGCAGAAAAGGACGUUCCUGUAUUUGUUACUGAAGAAAUGAGAGAAAAAUUUAUGCUGCAUCAGCUGGAGAGCAAAGCUCAACAGUGGCUACAUUAGUUCCUUUGGAAGUGUUGAGGACAAAACUUUGAAACAAAAAAUUUUUGCACCUAUGUUUUGGGUACCAGAUGUUUGGAUUCGUGCAUUAGAUAAAUGAUCAUGAUGAUAUAACAAAGGUGAUUAAAAAGUUUUCCCCACAGUCUCUUCCUCGGGGGGAGAAAUUGAUUAUGUUACUGAAAUGUUUAGCUUCUUUAAUCUUGAUUUCCUCUGUUAUCUUUUAUUCCAUGCUCUCUAGAUUCCUUAGGAAUUGCUGUUUUGUUGACCCUAAGGCACUGGUGGACUAUCCACUGGGAGUUGGAGAGAGCACAUGGUGCCACAGCAUGUGUUUUACAUACUUUGUCUCCUGUAUUCUGACACAAAGUGUCAACUGUGGUACUUUCUUCGCCUAGGAUAUUAAUUCUUAAUUGCUUAUUUUUGUGGAUGGUUGAUACCCUUUCUGUUGAUUUACAUUUAUACAUUUUUACUCCACAUGCCCAGUAGUCAAAGUAUUCCAAAGCCACUGGACCACUUGAGUACAUAAGUGCCACUGUUUUGUGAAAUAUGUAUAUUCAGGUCUGUAAACCUAACAGUGUGACUUGGAGUGCUUCCUGCAGAUGAUUCUGACUGUUGAGUAUUUACAUGGACCAUGGUGAUAUCCAAAAGAAAAAUGCUUUUAUAUUUAUAGAUUAUUUCAUUGAACUAUAUAAAUGGGUAUCAAUAAAUGUAUUUACUCCAAAA